AAAUUAAUGAACUCGUGCAUCGGUCCAUUUUAGCUUGACAUCAGUUUGGUUGCCAACAUGUCAAUUUUCUUGAUGUAAACAAAAUUUUCGGUCAAAAAUCCCGGUUUCCUACGCAAUAUUUGUGAAAUUUUUGUGAUUUAACGAUACGAAUGCAAGUGCUUCAAACAUGAUUGGACUAGACUUAUUGUUAGACGAUUGCGACACAAGCACUCAAGAAGGAAUUGAUGAAGCUUGUAGGAGGAUUUCUGUAAAAGAGAAAAACAUCGAUUCUCGCUUAGAGGAAAUUCUUUCACAACAAUGCCAACUGGAAGCGAAAAUGCGAAAUAUCGGAAUGGCUCUGAGCAAUCUCUCGCUUGUGGCGGAUAAGAGUCGCAAUUUAUCGGAAAUGAUUGACCACACCUCUCAGCUGGCAGAGAACGUAAGCGCCAAAGUUCGCCGGCUGGAUGAGGCCCGGGGUCGCGUUUCCGAGUGCCAACAGCGAGUGCACGACUUGAUUGAUUUGCAGUUGUGCAGCCAGGGAGUCAUAACCGCCAUCAAGGAGGAAGAUUUCGAAAAAGGAGCGGUGCACGUGAACCGGUUCCUGUCUAUGGACAAAAACCUGCUCCAGAAAACAGCAGACGACGUUUCCGGUUCGAUAACAUCGGUCAGCAAAGCGGUUUCGACUUUAGAGCAAGCUGCCACCCAGAUACGGCAAGUGGUCACGCAAAAGUUCGACGAGGCCGUUAAAAAGGAUGACCUUGCUUCGGUGGAAAGAUUUUUCAAAAUUUUCCCGCUCCUUGGCAUGCACGACGAAGGAUUGGCAAAAUUCAUGACGUAUAUCUGCACAAAGUUGCAAGCCAAGGCUCAGAAGGAGCUCCGUUCCUCGAUGGAUAUUGCCAAGGCUGAAAAACGGACCACUGUUGCCUUUUCGGAUACGUUGACUGUUCUGCUUGAGAACAUUGCUCGGGUGGUGGAAGUCAAUCAAGCAAUAAUCGAGAACUGUUACGGCGCAGGAAGACUAGUGCAAGUUGUAGCAAUACUGCAAAGGGAAUGCGAUGACGAGGUGGUGAAGCUGGUGCUUGAAUUUAACAAAAAUCGUCAAAUUGGACGCAGAGUCGCACAAAUCAACGACUACAUCAAGAGCAGUGGUAAUCCAGCGGCUAUGGGUCACUAUCGGAAGGCUUCCGGUGGAGGAUCGGUUGACAAGCUGAAUGCUAAGGAUAUCGAUGCAUUGAUCGGAGAAAUUACCAUCAUACAUUCCAGAGCAGAACUAUACAUCAAGUUCAUCAAGCGAAGAUGUUUGAAUGACCUUGAAAAAAGUACUCUUGAAACCGAGGCAAAGGACGCAAAACUCAAGCAGCUUGACGACCUGAUCAAAAAAUCCCGCCUGAGCACCCAGAUGCAGGAAGUUCUCGGCACAUAUCUGCUCUUCGAGCGUUACUUCAUGGAAGAGAGUGUCCUCAAAGCCAUCGCCUUGGACAAUCUCGAAGCCGGACAACAGUGCUCGAGCAUGUUGGAUGACGUAUUUUUUAUCAUUCGUAAAUGUAUCCGCCGCUCGAACGGCACCCAAUCGUUGGAUGGUAUUUGUGCCGUUAUAAACAAUGCUGCAAGCUGCCUGGAGCAAGACUUCAUGAACGCGUUAAAGAAUCCACUUAAAGCUGGCUAUCCAACGGGUUACAUGGACCUUGCACAAUCGGCUCUCCAAAGCUCCAUACAACAGGGGAGGUUGCAAACCAGCGAUGUAGAUCAAGCCAGAAGCAAAUUUAUUACGGCCCUCAAUAACGCCGACAUGUCUACGGAGUUUAUAGAAACCCUACGAUCUAUGAUGUCCGAUGAAAUAAAAAUGAAUUUCCCGGCCAUGACGGUUCGAGAGAAGGAAAAAUUGGACAGCUGUUUGUCCGGUUUGAAAUCCGUCGGAGAUUCGUUGAAAGCUUUGGUAGAUUUUGGAUUACAACAGUUGCGUACGUCCGCCAUCAAACCUAGGCUUCACCCGUGGGUGGAUCAAUUUAUUUCCCACAACCACAAUCUGUCCGAAGAAGAACUUGCUACAUACGAAGCCGGCGAAACAUUCAUUCAGUAUUUGAUUGUUCAAAUAGACGGAUUGUUCACCUUAUUUAAAUCCGCACUAACCCCAAGAAACUACGAUGCUUUGGUUAGCAUAGUGACCACUGAAAUAACGGCACGGUUGGAACGUGCCAUCAAAAAGUCCACAUUCAAUCGACUUGGUGGACUAGUGCUAGAUCAGGAAGCCCGUGCACUAGCGUCGUUUCUAACAGGGGCCACGUCGUGGUCCGUGAGGGACAAGCUUGCCAAGCUACUGCAGAUGGCAACGAUUCUCAAUCUGGAAAGUGUUUCCGAACUGCCGGAGUACUGGGAUUCGUCGUCUGCCACGUGGCGAUUGACACCCAAUGAGGUGCGAACAAUUUUGGCAUUAAGGAUCGACUUCAAAAUGGAGGACAUUAAAAGGUUAAAACUGUAAAAAAUUUGAGAGGUAAGUGCUUGAUUAUCGCAGUUAUGUUGCCGCCUGGAAAUUUUUAUUCGUGUAUUCUAUUCUAUAUAAAAUAUGCUACGUUAUAUUAUCAACAAUUCAA